UUCUGCUCCAACACACACAUAUAGGUCUCCAAAAUCUCUCCUCUCCGCCCCCUUUUAGAUCCAUUCCUCUCUCAAGGCGGCCCCUGUAAAACCCUUUUGAUUUCUUUCUCUCUCCGUGUUUAUGAAACUUCCUGCAAAUUUUAUCAGCUUUUACAUUUGCUUUUGGUGUUUUAGUCCUCUCUCUCUUUCUCCAAUCUCUUGAGUAGGAAAGGUACUUCUUUUACGCAGACACUAGUUCAUGAUUCUUGAGAAUCUUUAGACCCUUUUAUUCUCUACUCGAAUCACUACUCUUCUUGAUCUGGGGCACAUUUUGUAAAUUAAGGGGGAAAAAUCAUUUUUUUCUCUUUCUUUCUGGGUAACUCUAGGGUUCUUUUCAUGUGGGCCACUUAAUUAGCUUUGAAUUGAUGAGUCUUAAUUGCUUCUAAUAUAGCAAUUGUUGAGUGAGAUUAAGCAAUGGGUUGUGUUUGGUGUAAGCCUUCUUCUUCUGCUAUAGAAGACAGUAAAGAUAGUCCAAGAGAGCGUUUCUCAAACAAGUCUUCUUCUGAGCAUAGAGUACUUUCAAGACCUGUUGCUUCUUCUAGAAGAGAAGAGCCCCUUAGGACAAAGGAACGCCCUGAUGUUGUUAGUGUAAGACCAAAGCAAGCUAGUGUUUCGCGUGGGGAGAGUUUGAGUAGUAGAAGGGAGAAGAAGACAGAGAAUGUUAACUUCCCAAUGGGUAUUACCAUAGCUAAAGGAGUUGAAGCAGAGUAUGUAGCUGCAGGCUGGCCUCCAUGGUUGGCUUCUGUUGCUGGAGAAGCUAUCAAAGGAUGGAUUCCGCGGCGUGCUGAUUCUUUCGAGAAGCUGGACAAAAUUGGGCAGGGCACUUACAGUAAUGUGUAUAGAGCUCGAGACCUGGAUCAGAAGAAGAUUGUGGCGUUGAAGAAAGUUAGGUUUGAUAACUUGGAGCCGGAAAGCGUGCGUUUUAUGGCAAGAGAGAUCCAGAUAUUGCGCCGCCUUGAUCACCCUAACAUCAUAAAGCUAGAAGGCUUAGUCACAUCAAGAAUGUCUUGCAGCUUAUAUCUUGUUUUCGAGUACAUGGAACAUGAUCUAGCUGGACUAGCCUCGCACCCCGCAGUUAAAUUUUCUGAAUCACAGGUUAAAUGCUACUUGCAGCAACUGUUACGCGGACUAGACCAUUGUCACAGUCGUGGUGUACUUCAUCGAGACAUCAAAGGCUCAAACCUUCUAAUAGAUAAUAGUGGAGUUCUAAAGAUUGCUGAUUUUGGCUUAGCUAGCUUCUUUGAUCCUCGUCAAACUCAGCCUUUGACUAGCCGUGUGGUAACUCUUUGGUACCGUCCACCUGAGCUUUUGCUCGGAGCAACUCGCUACGGAGCAGCAGUUGAUUUGUGGAGCACAGGUUGCAUUCUUGCUGAACUAUAUGCAGGCAAGCCUAUUAUGCCUGGUAGAACCGAGGUGGAACAGCUGCACAAGAUUUUCAAGCUAUGUGGCUCGCCUUCAGAGGACUAUUGGGUAAAAUCGAGGCUGCCUCAUGCAACGAUUUUCAAGCCUACACAGCCGUAUAAACGCUUAGUGGAUGAAACAUUCAAGGAGUUCCCUCAGCCAGCUUUAGCCCUUCUUGAAACUCUGCUUUCAGUCAAUCCCGACGAUCGUGGAACUGCCAACUCAGCUCUUCACAGUGAGUUCUUUUCUACUAGACCUCUGCCAUGUGAUCCUUCAAGCUUGCCUAAAUAUCCUCCAAGCAAAGAGCUCGAUGCGAGGAUGCGGGAUGAAGAAACUAGAAGACAAGCUGGAGGAAACAAGGGUGACCAAAGACACCAAGAAAGGAGAGGAGCUAAGGAAUCUCGAGCCAUCCCUGCUCCUGAUGCAAACGCAGAGCUGGUUGCAUCAAUGCAGGUAUAAUACUUAUCAUCUCUUUUGAUGUUAAAGCUUCUUGCUUAUAAUCUCUCUCUCUCCCUCUCCCUCUCCCUCUCCCUCUCCCUUUACUUACAGAAGAGGCAGAGCCAGGCUAAUAAUAGAAGCCGAAGCGAGAAGUUUAAUCCACAUCCUGAAGAAGUUGCAUCUGGUUUCCCAAUCGAUCCACCAAGAUCAUCAUCACAAGCAUUUGAACCAAACAGAGAAUCUCAGGGAAACAUUAUUCCUCCUCACAAAAGAGCUUCACAUUCAGGUCCUCUAACGCGUAGAUCUGCUUCCGCAAAGGGAAGAAGGAACUACCAAGAUCCUCAGAAAGUUUCAUCCAUAGCUGCUGAUUACUCGGCAAUGCCUGGUUUUGCUGCAACAAGAACAGGAGCAUCACAACAAGAGACUUUUAGAGGAAUGUCUCGGCUUCCAGGUUCCUUCAAGGAAACCUCCGAAGAAGCAAGCCAAGAAGAGAAUGGUAGAAGCAACAAGAAAGACUCAAUUCUUUUGGGUUAUGGAUCAAAAGGGCACAAGAUUCAUUACUCGGGACCUUUGGUGGUUCCAUCAGGAAACAUGGAUCAGGUGCUAAAAGACCAUGACCGCCAUAUCCAAGAAGCUGUGAGAAGAGCAAGAAUCGAUAAGGCUCGAGUUAGAAAACAUCAAGCUGAAGAAGCAUCGAGCCAACAAGUCUCAGAGGCAAAAGUAUAUGAUCAAACUCAAAAGUAUCCAUCAUCUGUUUCUAGCCGUUGACCAUCUAAGAUGCAAAAGUAUAUGAUCAAACCCCAAAAAAAAAUUGCUUGAAACAUUUUAACACGUCGUAUUUUGAGUGAAAAUAAUGUAAUUUUUAUUGAUUCGAGAUUAUAUAUCAUAGAAUCAAGUCUUGUCACGUUUUAGUCCCUGUAAUGUCGUGUUACCUUAUUAUAAGCGAGGUGUAGAACCAGGAUAUAUAUAAAUUAUAACCUAGAAGAACAAAAUCUAUAAAAUAAUACAGUAUUA